AUGUCUCAUGAGGAGAGUAGGGAUUCAUGUGGUUUUCAUGAGGUAUUUGCGUGCGAGGAAGGUAUUCCUGAGUGUGCCUUUGUGUUGCUGGACACCCUGCAAGUGUGCCGCGAUUUUAAGUACGGCCAGUGUGUGAGACCAGCCUGCAAGUUUGUCCAUCUCCUUGAAGCAGUGACCUUUGAGGCGCACACCCCUCGUAAGACCGUGUUCAAUGACCUUUUACGUCAGUCACCCCAUAACCAGGAGGAGGAACAGCCGGCCUCCGUUUCCCUGCGUCUUGUUCCAGGAAAACCCUCACUGCGAAGACCAGUGAGGAAAUCCCAAGACGGAAAAUGCCUGUCUGGCUGUUCCCCUUCUGUCUGUGGCGUGGCUGUUAAACCAUCAGUGUUCCUAGACUAUAUAGAAGCUAGACCAGCCCGUAGUGAGAUGCUAAGGCAGGGUCGAGCGGCAGUCAGUAACGAAUCUCCUGUGCCGGCAGAUCACGUAGAGGUGACAGACAUGAAGGUGAGUGUCUGCCGGGACGCGGUGAAGGGCAAGUGCGGGCGUGGGCUGUGCAAGUACUACCACCUGCCAGUCGUCCUGCCGCCCGCACCCCUCGACCCGCACUCCGCCCGUGCCCCGCAGUCUGGUCCGCGCCACCACGGUCUCCACAACCCGCCCAACAACCCGCUCAUGCUAGACAACGCCCACUACAUGGACAACACCACCAAGCCGGCACCAACACCCAGCAACAACAACAGCAGCAUGAAGCCCCCGACAAGCGACCGGCACUGCAGGGAAGUGCCCUCCUACCCCGACACCCGCCAGGCCGAGCCCGGGCACCCGCCGUGCCCUGGCCCACCCGCCCGCAUGCUCUACUUCUCCUUCAUCAGGAUAGUUACGUCUGUACCAGGCAGCUUCCCGGCAUAA